ACAUCCGGGUCUGUGUUAAGAAUGAGUACCUUUGUGGGCGUAAUUCCGGAACUUCCGGGAAUAGCGAUUGACCGCUUCGAACCGGAGCAACGGCAGCGAGCUUCCGCCUUCUUCCUAUCCCAUUGCCACACCGAUCACAUGCGAGGGCUAGAGCUGGACGUGGAGCUGCCCGGACCGCUGUACUUGAGUCCCGUUUCCGGAGUGUUUAUCCGGCACCGAUUUCCCCGCCAUGCCCACCUGGUACGAACCAUGGCCAUCGGAGAGCAGGUCACGCUAACCAUCCAUCCGGUGGAACCCGGAGGGGAGGAAUAUGAGCUCACGGUACGCAGUAUCGCCGCCGAGCACUGUCCCGGUUCCGUAAUGUUCUUCUUCGAGACAACCACCCAACGCGUCCUUUACACCGGGGAUUUUCGACCAUCGCAGGCACACGGUAACACCAGCACGAUCCGUUCGCUGCGGUCACAGAUAGUUUACCUCGAUAGCACCUUCCUCGAUCCGGAUUACACACAUUUCCCCACACGGAUCGAAUCGACGGAGAAAAUCGUAACCCUAUGUUCGCAGUGGCUGGCGGAGGAUAGGCGGAACCGAGUGUCCCUGUGGCUGCCGGCGCACUGUGGUUCGGAGGAUUUGUUCCUCAGUAUAUUCGAGCGGAUGCAGGAGAAGAUUCACGUGACCGAGAAGCAACGUGCACCGCUUCUCCACUUUCCCGCCCUAUCCAAUGUGCUAACCAAUGACGCUACGGUCAGAAUACACGCAUGCCAAGGGACGGCAGCACGUGGCAGAUCAUCCCUAGCGUGCCAGUCGCACGGAAAUGGAGCUGAAGCGGCUACCUUCGUAACUAUACGCCCGUCUGCGCUUCGUUGGCGAGGAUUAAAAUCGAACGAUGAAUACUGGCAAGCGACAGGGCGCCUAUUUCAUGUCUGCUACUCCAAUCAUGCCAGCUACAGUGAACUGGCGGAAUUUCUGCAGCACCUCAAACCGUACCUGCUGGAAGUCCGGUUAAGUGUGGUAACCGACGAACAGGAUCUACUUCGGAAGACACAAUGCAUCAGCAGCAUUCUCGAGGAUCCGGUUCCAGCAGAAAAGGAAGAUAUUGCUGCGAAUGCGUGUUUGAAUUUGGAUCGAUUAAUUUAUAAGACCGCUGUAGAUCCCCAUGCUGUAGAUCCCCUUAGUGCCUCUGAAGAGUCAACGGAAGAGGACGAAAUGUACCAUAGAUUGCCGAAACGUUUGCGGCAGGAACCUAACAUAAAUCGCUAG